AUGUCGGCCGCUGCUAGCGAAGAGGAUGAGAUACAGGAAGACUACGAAGUAGACAGUACAUAUGCAAGUCCGGUCGCCAAGGUGAUUGUCGGAUCACCAGCACAAGUCUUUUUCAUGCACAAGAAUCGUUUGACAGAGGCGAGCGAGUUCUUCAGGGCUUGCCUUUCAACAGGGAUGAUCGAGCAACGAAAGAACAAAAUCAUUCUCUCAGAGGACCCAUGUCGGGCCUUCAAAUUCGUAGUAGAAUGGAUCUACAAACACGAGAUCCUCGAACCUAACCAUAAUGACGAUGCAAUGUCUGCCUUACAAGCCUGGAUACUUCCGACAAGUAUUGCCUGCCAAAUCUCCAAAAUGCUCUUAUGGACAACCCCAGAACGUUCUGGGGCCACGAGUACAUGCGUCCUCGAUUCUUGUCAUUAUCUGCCUGAGAACACGCAAGACACUAUUCCUCUUCAGCAACAUGUUUUGGAUCAAUUAUCUCACGAUUUGGCGAAUUGUCCUUCUUGUCAGUACAGAUCGGAGCAUGGCAUGGGCUGCCAUGGAGAAAGCACUCAGGACUUGCUAGCCAGCACAGAGAUUUCUGCAAGGCGGUUCUGGGCCGCGAACAAUCUUGAAAGAGAUAACACUCUACCAUCCGACCUGGAAGGAUGCCAUUAUAACGUUGACAAAGAAGGUGAUAUCUGCCAGAAAAAAGAAGACUGA